UCCCGCCACAAAAGAGUGCCUUUUCCCCUUCUACGCGCCAUUUUGCUAUCGCCAUAAACUACCCUACAGCCGUACUACAGAGCAGAGAUAUUGAAUCUUGUGUAAAGGAAAUGGCUUCUUCUACUGGGAAAACCAUUUUGGAUUUUUUCAAGCAACCGGCAGCGAAGCGCCUCAAACGGGUCUCUUCGCCACCGCCGUCGCCGUCUCCCCCCUCCGCUGUUCUCGUCGCCAACAGCUUCUCUUCUACUGCCUCGUCGUCUCCGACGGACGGCGAUGCCGACCAAAACGACGUCGUGCUGCCAACCACAGCGGCGCUCACUCCUGACCAGAAAUCGAGAAUCGAAUUCAACAAAUCCCUAGCCAAAGCGAAACGCAAUCUCAAGCUCUGUGCUGAGAAAAUCUCUAAUUCUGUUGUUAAAGGUGAGGGGGCGCAGUAUGUGAACUUGAAGGAAUUGUUGGUAGAGGAGUCGUGGUUGCAAGCAUUGCCGGGGGAGUUUGAAAAGCCGUAUGCCAAGAACUUGUGUAAAUUUGUGGAGAGUGAAAUUUGCAGUGGUGGUGUGCCAAUUUAUCCUCCUCAGCAUUUGAUUUUCAAUGCACUUAAUACUACUUCUGUUGACAAUGUAAAAGCUGUCAUCAUUGGACAGGAUCCAUAUCAUGGACCUGGUCAAGCAAUGGGCCUGUCUUUCUCAGUGCCAGAGGGUGUAAAAGUUCCUUCAAGCCUUGUUAAUAUUUAUAAAGAACUUAAGCAAGACUUGGGCUGUUCAAUUCCUUCUCAUGGAAAUUUGGAAAGAUGGGCUAUACAGGGUGUUCUACUUCUCAAUGCUGUUCUUACAGUUAGGCAGCAUCAAGCAAAUUCUCAUGCAAACAAAGGUUGGGAGCAAUUUACUGAUGCUGUCAUCAGAACAAUUUCUCAGAAGAAAAAAGGAGUUGUUUUCCUUCUUUGGGGAAACUAUGCCCAAGCAAAAGGCAGGCUAAUUGAUGAAACCAAGCAUUAUGUGCUUAAAUCAGCACAUCCUUCUGGUUUGUCUGCACACAGAGGCUUCUUUGGAUGCAGGCAUUUUUCACAGACAAAUAAGCUUAUGGAGAAAAUGGGAAAAUCUCCCAUAGACUGGCAACUAUAGUGUAGAAUGCCAUUCUGGAACACUAGCAUAGUGGGAUUCAGCUAUUAUCAAUAUGCAUAGGGAGGCCAAUUUUGUGAUGGGCGAUCUUGCUGGAGAUGGAAUGUGGCUAGGCCGUGUUGUUUUUUGCUCUUUUCCCUAUGAUAAGUGGCUAGUAUAUAUAUCUUAUGUAUGUAUGUGUGGCAUCACUCACUGAUUAUCCCUCAAUUGUUAUUCAAGUUAACUUAUCUUUUGCUCCAUCCAUGUCUCUACCACACUGACACUCUUCUCUCUAUCUCUCUUUCCUACCUGAUUGACUGGUUUGAAU